GCACUGAGCUAUAAAGGGGCAGCUCCUCUCCUGGCAACCCACAAGAAGCCGUUAUUCCUCCUGAUCGCCAGACAGCAGGUAACACGUCCAGAGUGAGGAGGAUGGUGGCAGCAGCCAAACUUGCCCUCCUGCUGCUGGGCUGCGCGGGGCUCCUGUGGCCGGCCGGUGCCCAGUACAUAGACUACUGCCCCAAGGGCUGGUCCUACUACAAACUCAGCUGCUUGAAGUACUUCUCUCAUCCCCAGACCUGGGACGAGGCUGAGAGGCAGUGCCAGGCCAGCCACCCAGGUGCCCACCUGGCUUGGGUGCAGGACCCCCAUGAGGCAGUCACCCUGCGCAAGCUCAUCUCCUACUACCAGCGAGUGCAGCCUGUCUGGAUUGGUCUCCGUUAUGGGCUCCAGAGCCGGACCUGGCAGUGGCCGUCUGGGGACAAGUACAAUGCCAGCAGUGGGCUGGCUGGGAAUGGUGCCCAUGGGGGGACCUGCGGCAUGCUGACCCACCACAGCGCCUUCACCGUGUGGUUCAGCGCCAACUGCGCCCAGAAGCAUCACUAUGUCUGCAAGUUCACCCCUACACUGAGCACAGCCUGAGGGGGACCCCAAGGAGGACAGCACACCGAUCAUGGUCCUUCCU